AGAGAAGGGGGGAAUCUAGCAGGGAAGCAAAUGGAGGGGGUGCAGAGAGCAACCCAGGGUGGGCGGGGCUCUGUAAAAAGACAAGGUUUGGGGCGCGGAGCAGUCGCCCAGAGAAGACGGGAGGGUCUUGUCUGAAUUGAAGAUGUGCGGACAGAGGAGCCAGGAGUCCAGCCCCGGGGGAGUGUGAAUCAGCGCGGCUUCUAGUUAAAGGAGGAGCUGGUCUUCUGGGGGAAAAGGUGCCAUAAAAGUGGGCAGGGUGUUGGGGUGAGGCAGUGGAGCAGGGUGUCCAGCGCGCGGACCUGGCGCGGGGUGCUGGGGCGGGCGCGCGGGCGGGGGCCCCCGCACACCCCCACCCACCCCGGGACGAGCCUGGCUGGCGAUCCCGCCGCGGGGCCUCCUCUCCCCUCAGGCGGCCUCUCCCUGCCCCUCCUCCCCCGCGGAGCCGCGGAGCCGGGACGCCAGCGCAGGGCGCAGGGCACAGGCAGCGGGCUGCCCGCCGGGCUGGCCAUGGCGCCGGCGGCGGGCGAGCGGGGCCGGCUCCGGAGGUGCGGGCGGCGCUGGCGGUGCGGACGGGGCGCGCUCAUUGCCUGCGCCGCCUGGACCGCCGGCUGGGUGCUGGCGGCCGCGCUGCUGCUGCGCGCACACCCGGGCGUCCUCUCCGAGCGCUGCACCGACGAGAAGAGCCGGCGCAUCCUGGCCGCGCUGUGCCGGGACUACCAGGGCGGCGUGCUGGUGGGCGACCUCUGCGAGGACCUGUGCGCGGCGGGGCAGCUGCGGUACCGGCGCUGCCUGCACUACGAACGGGGCAAAAAGGUGCUGCAGGCCGACUGGCGCGGCCGGCCCGUCGUGCUCAAGUCCAAGGAGGAGGCCUUCUCCAGCUUCCGGCCGCCGGGCCUGCUGGAGGACCAGGCCGGCAAGGGCGGCCCGGACGUCCCGGAGGCAGAACUCCUCCUGCUGGUGGCCGGCGAGGUCAGGAACGCGCUGGGCCUGGAGCUGUCCAACCGCAGCCUGGGGCCGCUGUGGCCGCGGCUCCGGGGUCCCCGCUGGCGGGGCCGGCUGGCCAGCCUGUGGUCCCUGCUGCAGCAGGAGGAGUUUGUCCUGCUCAGCCUGCUGCAGGACCUGAGCCGGCACGCCCCGCCCGUGCUGGGCUCUUGCGGCCACUUCUACGCCGUGGAGUACCUGGCGGCCGGCAGCCCCCACCACAGUGCCCUCUUCCCCCUGGGCGGGACCUCCCGGGGCCAGGCCAGGGCUGUCAGCGACAUGGCGCUCAGCUUCCUGGACCUGGUGCGCCAUUUCGACAACGACUUCUCCCACCGCCUCCACCUCUGCGACGUGAAGCCCGAGAACUUCGCCAUCAGGAGGGACUUCACGGUGGUGGCUAUUGACAUGGACAUGGCCUUUUUUGAACCUAAAAUGAGGGAAAUUCUUGAGCAGAACUGCACAGGAGACGAAGACUGCAACUUCUUUGACUGUUUUUCAAAGUGCGAUUUGCGAGUGAACAAAUGUGGAGCACAGCGCGAGAACAGCAACCUGCAGGUCAUCUGUGACAAGAUAUUCCGCCACUGGUUCUCCUCAGCUCUCGGGGGCUCCACCAUCUCCCUGGGGCUUCAGCUGCAGUUACGAGAGGCGGUGCAGGAAUGCGCAGACCCAGGCCACCCUGCAGGGCACCCCCAGAGCGCACCCCUCAACGUGUUCUGGAAGCUUCAGCACCUCCUGCAAGCCACGCUGAGGGAAUUGCAGGAGGCGGACCACUAGCCACUGAUGGCCUUUAAAAUAUUCAGUCUGCGUUGUUUUAAGGAGGGGACAUUUUCACUUUGCAGGUGAAUGACCCCUGAAGUACCACGUGGUCUUCUGAAUAUGACAUCGCUCAAGGCCAUUUCGAUUCCACGUCAGCUGCCAUGAUGUGCGCCUCCUUCCCUCCGGUCCUGGCGUGCUGUGCUCUUGUCUGAAGAGACCCUCCUGGCCUAUGCCUCUCACUCCUUUGAAAGUGGCCUGAGGUGGGGCACAGAGCCUUUUACUUUUGCGGGGGGGCCUCAGUCAGAAACAGCACAAAUCCCAGCAUGCAGUCACUCUCAGCGGUCAGAACAACACAGCUCCAAUGUUCUCCCUGAAAAUGGUUUCCAGGUUAAAAGGGCAUGUGAGUGUGUGUGUGCAUGAGUGUGUCUGCACAUGCAUGCGAGGGUGUGCGUGUGAGGGUUGUACAAGUAUGUGUGCAUGUACACGCGUGUGGGCACGCAUGCCUAAACAGGCACUGAGUGUGAGCAGUGAGUGUGAGGCGUGUGUGCUCUGCGGUGGGAGAAGGUAGUUUCUCUCCUGUGUCUGGGACAGUGAUCCUCGCAGCCAUGAAGAGUUACUUUUCUUUGGGAAUGAAACACAAUAAGAACAGAAGUUGCAUCUGUGGGAAGUGUCAUUUGUAGCAGAGAGUAGGCAUGAGGCCAGCACAGGGUAGUGUUCCAUUUGGGGACCCGUCUGUCCUCUGGAUCGUUUUUUAGGGAGCACUGUACCACUUGGUGCAGCCCCUCUCCCCAGGGAGCAGGGUGUGGCGGGAACUGCAGGCUGGCUGAAGGCUGUGUCAUCUGGAGAACUGGAAGUGGAGUGAGUACUAGGCCGGCACUGGCCGCAGGCAGCACGAGGCCAGCCCUUCCCGUCAGCUGACUGAAGACUUGGUCUGGCAACACGUCAUAGGUUGGCAGAGUCCUGGCCAAGCUCCAACAUGACAGACAGAGACAAACCUGAAGGAGCCCCACCUGGUCACUCCCCGGCCAGGCAGAUGGACCCACGGGGAGCCGGCCAGGCAUCCACUUAGAGGGCACUUGUUUCCACUCCACACCAGGGAUGGUGAGACUCAACACAUAAUACUCAGCUGGUCACCCCCAAAGGGACAUCGAGAAAGACACUGAGAGAGGAUGGGGUGAUUCUGGUGAUGGUUUACAAUCGGAAAAGACAAAUGAAUUGGAAGUUUUGAGAAACUCACACAUUGACAAAUCCCAAGCGAUUUCUCUUUCCCUUCCCCAGCCCUUCCUGAUCCAGACAAGGCGAGCUGCCUACUUCUGUCCACCUGGCCGCGUUUCCCCAGGCCACACAGCAGGCUGCCCCCAGGUUCACUCCGCGGGCUGACACACAAGGGAGGAAACAUCGAAGGCCCACCAGCUCUGACCUCUGCGACUCCCCACGCUGUGUUUGAAGCCCCUUCGUUAUCUGCUAGGCCCCCCCACCUGCCACCACCACUGGCAGUUUUAGGAAUGACUGAAUUUCGUGAUGGGUCCCCUGCCAUGGUGUCUAUGAGCAAACCCCUCUGUGUUUGUGCUCUGGCAGGAAGAAAAAACCCCAUGUCAGUCACUUUUGUGGCAGAAGUAAAUUAAAGCUAAAGUGCGAUGCACAGGCCUCAGGCUAGUAGAUUCUAAAGGCAAGUAUCAGCUUUGGUGCUGGGCAGAGGCUCCCGUUCACCAGAGCCGGGCCACAUGCCGAGGUCUUCUGUGGUGCCGCCGAGGGUCUCAGCGAAGCCCAGGGUCCCUUUAUGAGUGGAAGGUCUCCAUGAAGACGGGUGUGAAACAGAGGGUGAGGGAGGCAGUGGGGGCUCUGUGGUCUGUGCCCUUAACAGCUGGCUUUUGCACCGUGAGGGCAAAUGAGCCUGCCAUGGGUUGACCCUGGAAUCACAGCCCUUCUAACGCUGGCUCCGAGCUAACUGGCCAGGCGGCGAAGCUGCCUCCAGAAAGGGAAAAGAUUCAUUCUUAUUUCAACCAAAACGGAAACAAAUGUUUUUGUUUAUCAUGGAAACUAUGCCAUAUGUAAUUACCCAACACAAUAGUGUUUUUAUAGCUGAAAAGAAACAGUUUUAUCCCUUUCUCCUUGGGUUUGACCUCUCUCUCCUCUCUCUCCACUUUCCCUUCCCGCCUGGAGAAUUCCAUUAACGGCAGUGUCUCUUAAACUAUCUAUGCUGAAGUUCAGUUUGUUUUUUUAAUUCUCCAACCCUUCGGACAUAAUACAAUAAACAAAGGCUGUUGUAUCAGUA